AUGAUGGAGGAGCGAGCGGCCGCCGCCGUCGCCGCCGCCGCCUCCCCCUGCCGCCCGCUCGGCUCCGGCGCGGGCCCCGGCCCGACGGGCGCCGUCCCGGCCUCCGCCCCCGCUCCCGGCCCCGGCCCCGGCCCGGCCGCUAAGGGGGGCGGCGGCGGCGGGGGCAGCCCGGGGCCCGCCGCGGCGGGGCCGGAGCCCCUGAGCCUGCCGGGCAUCCUGCACUUUAUCCAGCAUGAGUGGGCGCGCUUCGAGGCGGAGAAGGCCCGCUGGGAGGCCGAGCGCGCCGAGCUGCAGGCUCAGGUGGCUUUCCUCCAGGGAGAACGGAAAGGGCAAGAGAAUCUCAAGACGGACCUGGUGCGGCGGAUCAAGAUGCUAGAAUACGCGCUGAAGCAGGAGAGGGCUAAAUAUCAUAAACUGAAGUUUGGGACAGACCCGAACCAGGGCGAGAAGAAACCAGAACUGUCAGAACAAGUCUCCAAUGGGCCUGUGGAGUCGGUCACCCUGGAGAACAGCCCGCUGGUGUGGAAGGAGGGGCGGCAACUGCUUCGACAGUACCUGGAAGAGGUGGGCUACACGGACACCAUCCUGGACAUGCGGUCCAAGCGUGUGCGAUCUCUCCUGGGACGCUCGUUGGAGCUCAACGGGACGGUGGAGCCCAGCGAAGGGGGCCCCAGGGCCACACCAGGCCCCGGGGGGCUCAGCGGUGGGGAGUCACUGCUGGUGAAACAGAUCGAGGAACAGAUCAAGAGGAAUGCAGCGGGCAAAGACGGCAAAGAGCGCCUGGGCGGCUCGGUGCUGGAGCAGAUCCCCUUCCUGCAGAACUGUGAGGACGAAGACAGCGACGAGGACGACGAGCUGGACAGCGUGCAGCACAAGAAGCAGCGGGUGAAGCUGCCGGCCAAGACCCUGGUCCCUGAAAUGGAGGAUGAAGAUGAGGAGGACGACUCGGAGGACGCCAUCAACGAGUUCCAUUUCCUGGGCUCAGGAGAGGACGGGGAGGGCUCUCCGGACCCUCGGCGAUGCGCUGGAGAGGGGGCCCACCACGAGCUGGAAAGCCGGCGGGUCAAACUCCAGGGCAUUUUGGCCGACCUUCGGGAUGUGGAUGGACUGCCCCCCAAAGUGACAGGACCGCCUCCUGGCACACCCCAGCCCCGGCCACACGAAGACGUUUUCAUCAUGGACACUAUCGGGGGCGGGGAGGUGAGCCUGGGGGACUUGGCAGAUCUCACCGUCACCAAUGACAACGACCUCAGCUGCGACCUGUCUGACAGCAAAGACGCCUUUAAGAAGACGUGGAACCCCAAGUUCACCCUCCGGUCACACUACGACGGCAUCCGCUCCCUGGCUUUCCACCACGGCCAGUCGGCUCUGCUCACCGCGUCCGAGGACGGCACGCUCAAGCUCUGGAACCUGCAGAAGGCCGGCACCGCCAAGAAGAACGCUGCGCAGGACGUGGAGCCUAUCCAUGCCUUCCGGGCUCACAGGGGCCCCGUGUUGGCAGUAGCCAUGGGCAGCAACAGUGAAUACUGUUACAGCGGUGGGGCGGAUGCCCGCAUCCACAGCUGGAAGAUUCCAGACCUCAACAUGGACCCCUACGAUGGUUACGACCCGAGUGUGCUGAGCCACGUCCUGGAGGGCCACGGGGACGCUGUGUGGGGCCUGGCCUUCAGCCCCACCUCCCAGCGCCUCGCCUCCUGCUCCGCUGAUGGCACCAUCCGCAUCUGGGACCCCAGCAGCAGCAGCCCGGCCUGCCUCUGUACCUUCCCCACAGCCGGCGAUCACAGGAUCCCCACCUCCGUGGCCUUCACCAGCACCGAGCCUGCCCACAUCGUGGCCUCCUUCCGCUCCGGCGACACUGUCCUGUAUGACCUGGAGGCUGGCAGUGCCCUCCUCACGCUGGAGUCCCAGGGGAGCAGCGGCCCAACCCAGAUCAAUCAGGUGGUGAGUCACCCAAACCAGCCCCUCACCAUCACCGCCCACGACGACAGAGGCAUCCGCUUCCUGGACAACCGGACAGGGAAGUGCGUGCACUCCAUGGUGGCCCACCUGGAUGCUGUCACCUGCCUGGCCGUGGACCCCAAUGGCGUGUUCCUGAUGUCAGGAAGCCACGACUGCUCCCUGCGACUGUGGAGCCUGGACAACAAAACGUGUGUGCAGGAGAUCACGGCCCACCGCAAGAAGCACGAGGAGGCCAUCCACGCUGUCGCCUGCCACCCCAGCAAGGCCCUCAUCGCCAGUGCAGGCGCCGAUGCCCUGGCCAAGGUCUUCGUAUGA